AUGAUUCAACUCAGGAUCUAGUAAAUUAUUUAUCCUUAAAAUUUGUUGAUUUACAUCCCAUAUACAUUGAUGAUUUGUGCUAGGAAGUAAAAACUAUCUCCAAGGUGUUACAAAGGAAAUAUUAUAACAGCUAAACAUUAUAAUCAAAGAGAAGGAUAUCCUAAAGUAUAAUUUAUAAGUUAUGUUUUACAAUAUCAUUUUAAUUAUAUCACUUAAUAUUUAUGGAGCUAAAAGAUUUCAUAGAAAUCUAUGAAAAAGAUAGAGUUGAUUAAUUGA